AUGAAGACAAAAAAGCCAUUAUCAGCAGCAGAAAGACAGCGACGUUGUCGGAAGAAACGAAAAAGUGAACCAGAAAAGGUAGCAGAAGUAAAACGCAAGGAUUUAGAAAGGUACCACGCUCGAAAAAAGUUGCUGGCAGAUAUGAACGUGAGAGAACAUCGAAUUAUGAAGCGAAAAUGGCAACAGGCAAAUAUAAAAAGAAGAGAGAAGAAACAGAUGCUUGAAAAUGUACUGUUGGACACGCCGGCUCUGUCGCCGAUACCGGAAAACCCACAAAUAAGACCCCAUUCUGCGACACCCACUCUAUCGGAAGCGUCUAGUGCAAGGGGAAGAAAGAAAGUGAAAAGAGAUAGAUCAAAGAUGUACAAAGAUAAUAUUAAAUUACAAGAAAAAAAUAGAACAGCUGGAGAAAAGAAUUCGUAA